CUAUCCCUCUCUGAACAGCUGGUCAGUGUGAUGUUGUCUUCCGAGGGUGUUGUAGUGGACACAGGUCAGCAUGCAGUGACCAUCCCUCUGUUCUGUGUGAGGAGUUGGAGCAUAAACACUGUCUCGAGUCUCAUUCAGUACAAAUACAAGAGCUCUGCUGAUCAAGAUGUUACCUUGUCUUUAGGAUCAAAUCAGUUUCGGUAUUUACAUGCCGGAACGAUGGAAGCUAUUCAGGACUUUCGUAUAAAACAUGCUGAUUCUUCAAGCUUCUUCUCGAGUAUGAUCUCUACCUCACCAGAUGGCGCUGUCACUGUCCAGGAGAAUGCUGUGUUUGACAACGAUAAGGCUAAAACUUAUAGUAUAGAUUUUAGUGGACUUCAGGCAUAACUGGGCUGGAACAAUGAUUUAAUGUCAUUUAAACAAGGUUGAAAUUUUAUUUUUAUAUUUCACAUUUGAAAUAACAUCUAAAGAAUUGUUUACUUAAGAUGCCUGCACAGAAUUAGAUUAAGUUUGCUAUCUCAGUCUGUGAUAACAGAUUCAUUUAUUUUGUGAUUAAAAGAGCAAAACAAUAUCUGUGGAAUAGUAUUCUAGCAAUUUCAUUAUGUGAAAGUGCCAUGGUAAGAAAAUAGUAUGAUGUGCCAUGUAAAAUUGAAUAUUUAAUAUUUAGCAGGUGACCCCGUGCAUCCAAAAUAAUUUGUAGGUAUCAGUCCAUAUUCAUAUUGACUGGUACUGUACUGAUGUUGUGAACGGUUAAAACACUCUCAAAACUCAUGUUGAUCUGAUAUGCGUAUAUAUAUACAAUGAUAAAGGGAUAAAGAAUCUGGUGCAUUCCAGGGUCAACUGCUGUAGAUGCACAGGCUUCAGUUACUUACCUUGGUGUGUUAAAGAAAAAAGUCUCUUAUAUGUGUGGUAAAACACAUUUUAAUAAUGUAAAUACAUGCUCAUGUCCGGUUUAUAUCUUGUGUAGUUCUCAACAGAUUAACUUCAAACUUAAUAGGAAGGUUCAUUACCCUGAUAGCUCGGAGAAGUUUGAUAACCAAAAUUAUCUGACUGUAAUUUACGGAGUUAUGAACCUUUAUUUAUUUGCUCAAACAGUGUCUGCUCAAUAUCUCCAGUAGUUUUCUUUAGAUUAACUUCAAACUUCAUAGGAAGGUACAUUACCACGAUAGCUAGGACAAAUUUGAUAACCAUUGUUGUCCAACUGUAAUUUAUGGAGAUAUGGCCCUUUAUGUACAACCAUACAGCCAACUGCUUAUUUAAUCCAACAAAUCACUAUGUUACAGCUUUGGUCAAACCACUAAUCGAUUUGGAUUAUAACCAAAAGCUUGACAUUGAGUAUUUACUCUCAGUGAUAUGAAAUCCAGAACGUAAGUGCCAGGUAAGGAACAAUCAUAUUGCUUGUAUUAUGAUUCUGCAAUUUAUUUAUAUAUGAACAACCACAUUCAAAUGUAGCUGGUAGGGUGAGUCUAUAUCUUAGUUAAACAAAUUCAUGUAUCGUCUGUCAUCCCAAUUGUAUUGUCAAAUUUCAUUUAUGUACUUGUACUUUUA